AACACUGGCACUUUCAGCUUCAGCUCAUCAAGCCUCUGAUAUCCAUAAUUUGUGUGGCCCGACCGGCUUUAACCUGCUAAGGUGGAUCGUUGACUUCAGUGAACCAAUCCCAAGGCGUCAGAGCUUGAGUAAAAGUAUUGCAACAAUGUCAGACGAGGAAAUGGAAGAUUAUGGCUUCGAAUAUAGUGACGAAGAUGUCCAGGAAGAAGAUGUGGACAUCGAAAAUCAGUACUACAAUUCAAAAGGGAUGCUCGAAGGGGACCCACAGGAGGCCCUUAAGGGAUUUCAAGAGGUUGUUUCUAUGGAGGAAGACAAGGGAGAAUGGGGUUUCAGGGCGUUGAAACAGAUUGUAAAGCUCCACUUCAAACUGGGAAACACAGACAGUAUGCUGGAGGCUUACAGAGAGAUGCUGUCAUACACGAAGAGUGCUGUGACACGGAAUGCCAGCGAGAAGAAGAUCAACAGCCUCUUGGACUUUGUCUCUUCCUCCACAGAUAUGAAGCUGCUCCAGGACUUUUAUGGCACAACACUGGACGCCCUGGUGGAGGCAAAGAACGACCGGCUCUGGUUCAAGACACAGCUCAAGCUGUGCGGCCUGUGGUUCAAGCUCAAGGAGUACGGGCGCGCAUCCAAGAUCCUACGGGAACUGCACAAGGCAUGCCAGGCAGAGGAUGGCUCAGAUGAUUUGAAGAAGGGGACGCAGCUGCUGGAGAUCUAUGCGCUGGAGAUCCAGAUGCACACGGAGCAGAAGAACACCAAGCGGCUGAAGGAGCUGUACAACAAGGCGCUGACCAUCAAGUCCGCCAUCCCCCACCCGCGCAUCCUCGGCAUCAUCCGCGAGUGCGGCGGCAAGAUGCACAUGCAUGAACGCAGCUGGUCCGACGCAGCCACCGACUUUUUUGAGGCCUUCAAGAGCUACGACGAGGCGGGCGCGGUGCGGCGGAUACAGUGCCUCAAGUACCUGGUGCUGGCGACGAUGCUGAUGGAGAGCGCGGUGGACCCCUUCGACGCGCAGGAGGCCGCCCCCUACAAGCAGGACCCAGAAGUGCUGGCCAUGACCAACCUGGUCGCAGCCUACCAGCAGAACGACAUCCUCGGCUUUGAACGCAUCCUCAAGACCAACAAGCGCACCAUCUAUGACGACCCUUUCAUCCGCAACUACAUCGAGGACCUCCUCAAAAAGAUCCGGACUCAGGUGGUGCUGAAGCUCAUACAGCCGUACACGCGCAUCCGCAUCCCCUUUGUGUCUCAGCAGCUCAACAUCCCCGAGUAUGACGUGGAGCAGCUGCUGGUCGCCCUCAUCCUGGACAGCCGCAUCCAGGGCCACAUCGACCAGGUGAACCAGCUGCUGGAGCUGGAGUCUGUGCAGACGGUGACGACGCAGAAGUACAAGGCCAUUGACAAGUGGUCGCAGCACCUGCACUCCCUGCACCAGGGCAUCCUGAACAAGAUGUCGUGAUCCUGAGAGUUGCAGUGCAGUAGGAAGUUAGGAAGUGUAUUUGUCUUGUAGAUUACACCACUGUCAGCAAGUGAGUUCACCUAAAUGGGUGGAUCCUCCGGACAAGCAUUGAGGUGCCGGUGUGGGCACCCCUCUAACAGCCUCUAACGCUGAGCGUGAGAGCCCUGCGUGCAGUACUGCACCGCGCACUGUGACAGUGCGUGCCUAGAACAAAUUAGAACAGACACUUGCAAGUUUCUGAGGGCAUGGAGCUGCUGAACCACUUAGCUGUUCAUGUUGGCAUCAUGUGCAUGCACAGAUUGUGAGAUCUUCAAUAAUACAGUAUUCUGGAG